AUGGUACUGACGCGCGAGAAGAUCAUCGGGCAGGCCCACGCAGCCGGCCGCCUCUACGAGCGAGCAAGGGGCAGUCCGGCGCGCGGGGUCCUUGAGAUGCGUGCGGACGAGCUGUGCGUGGACCUGGCUGACAAGAUCGCGAGGCAAAUCGAGGAAGAGGAGAAGCAGGCGACACUAGCAGAAGGCGAUUCUGCUGCCAGCGGUGCUGGCCUGGGACCUACAGCUGUACCACCUGAGCCUGCCGUGACCUCCAAGCCGAGCCCUUGGAGCGUGGACUACUCCAGAUUCGACGCCAUCCUUCGCGAUGAGGAUGACUCGCCUCCCAACCAACUUCAAGUGAGACAGAUUGCACACUCCUUGGCGGGGGUCGUGGAGGAUGUGAAGCGGCUGAAACCACCCGGUUCCUGCGCAAGACAGAGGGGUGAGGCAUCACUGGGCCAUGAAUAUUUCUUGGACACCCUCGACUGA